GAUGCGGACUUACAAGAGGAAGACUACAAGAUGUUCUUACACUACUGAAGACUUAAGUAAUGCCGCAAAGGCUGUCAACGAUGAGGGAAAAAGUGUGAAUGCCGCCGCCAAAGAAUUCGGUAUCAAACGGAUGACUUUGACAAGAUUUUCGAAAAUAUUAAAUGAAGGUGGUGAUUCAUCCAUGGGCUAUGCAACACCGAGGCGAGUAUUUUCUCCCACACAGGAGGAGUCUUUGAAAAAUUACUUGCUACAAAUGGCAUCAAUCUUCUAUGGAUAUUCUCCAAAAGACGUCCGUCGCCUUGCCUACGAGUGUUCUGCUAAAUUUAGCAUUGAAAUUCCACCCAGCUGGACUGCAAAUAAGAUGGCCGGAAAAGAAUGGCUUACGAUGUUUUUAAAACGAAAUCCGGAGCUAUCCAUACGAAAACCAGAACCCACCAGCCUUGCGGAAGUAAUGGAUAGAUAUGGAUUUACUGCGGCAGACAUUUGGAAUGUAGAUGAGACGGGAGUAUCCACUGUGCUGAAGCCAAAUAAAAUUGUAGCUGUCAAAGGUAAGCGCAACGUCGGUGCCAUGACUUCUGGAGAACGAGGGACUAACAUUACAGUAGUAACUGCUGUGUCUGCUCUUGGAAAUGCUGUACCUCCUAUGUUUGUAUUUCCGAGAAAACAGUUUAAGACACACUUUCUUAAUGGUGGUCCCCCUGAAUGUAUAGGAGCAGGCAAUGCCAGUGGAUGGGUUACAGACGAAGAAUUCUAUCAGUUUAUGCAACAUUUUAUAAAACAUGUGAAACCGUCCAUGGAGCGCCCUGUUUUGUUAGUGUUGGAUAAUCACUCCUCUCACUUGAACGUGGAGACACUAAAUUUGGCCAAAGAGAACGGAGUUGUAAUGUUGUCCUUUCCACCGCAUUGUAGCCAUAAAUUACAACCGUUGGAUGUGUCAGUCUUUGGUCCGUUCAAAAAGUAUUGCGCUGCUGCUCAAGAUGCAUGGCUACGAAACAACCCGGGAAAAACCCUUACUAUUUAUGACAUACCAAAAAUUGUCGCUGAUUCGUUGCCGGUUGCUCAGACAAGUAUAAAUAUUGUCAACGGUUUCCGAAAGACAGGCAUCUUCCCGUAUAAUGCAAACAUUUUUGGUGAGGAUGAGUUUUCACCAUCAUUUGUAACUGAUCGUCCUGAACAAGAAACUAUCGAGCCGGAAAAAGAUCAUCCAGAGCAAGCUGUGAUGUCCAGCACUGAACUUAAUCCCACUCCUUCUGCCUCCACCAGCCAAGCUGAACCCAAGCCUAGUCCAAGCAAGAAAGAAAACGAGACGAUCGACCUAAAACAAGUAUUUUCCCCGGAAAUUGUGCGACCAUACCCAAAGGCUGGCCCUAGAAAAGCAGCUAAAACUAACAGAAGAAAGAGGAAAACUGCAAUACUAACAGACACUCCCGAAAAGAACGCUUUAGAAGAGCAGCAAAAUAAAACCACAAAAAAAGUUAAGAAGCCAAAGAAGAACAUGGAUAAGAAAAGAAAGAAGAGUGUCUGUAAAAAAAUACUCCAGUCAAGUGAUGAAAGUGGUGAUGAUGAUUAUUCCUGUCUGAUUUGUUGCGAAGGCUAUUCUGAAAGCUUACCAGGAGAAAGUUGGAUCCAGUGUCAAGCUUGCAGGGAAUGGGCACAUAAAAAAUGUGUUCCAGGUGCUGGUGUUACUUUCGUUUGUGUCAAUUGCAACAGUGACAACGACGAUUAA